GUAUUUUGCAUCAAACGAACGGUCAUGUACAACUUGAGACUGUUCUUGCCCUGUACAUCAGAACUUGAAGUAAUAAACCAAGAAUUGUGACCAAUCCAAUUGACAGGUCAAGAUAUAAUCGAUAAUCCACCUUACCCUGUGUUAUCUAAUCACAUGUUUAUCAUUUCAUAACUGUUUAUAUCAUAUCGACAACUGUAACCAAUUUACUACACCAAUUCUUAUUAAAAUGCACUGGUUUGGAGUUUUGAUGUUUUUCGGAUUGGUUUUGGCAGAGAAAAGCUCCUGUGAAGAUGUAUCAAAGCCAAAAAUUGCAAUUGUUGGCGCAGGGAUUGGAGGUGCCUCAGCCUCACAUUACCUCACAGAAUUACUUGACGGAAAUUUAGAAAUUGAUAUUUUUGAAGUAGAUCAAAUCGGUGGUCGUUUGGCCACUGUUAGAGUUAAUGAUGAGGAAUAUGAAGCUGGUGGGUCCAUAAUACACUCACGAAAUAAAUACAUGAAAGCUUUCCUUGAAUUGCUCGGAAUGGAAGAAAGACCGACUUCUAAGGGGAUGAGAGCAGGUGUGUGGAACGGAGGUGAGUUUGUCAUCACGGAGAGUAAUUGGAAAAUAGUGACUUUGAUGAAGCUAUUUUACAGAUAUGGCAUACAGCCCUAUAAGCUCCAUAGGCUCGUUAAUACUAUUAUGGAUAGUUUCGAAAAUAUAUACCGAUAUCAAGAUGAAGGAGUUGCGUAUGACAACGUUCACGAUUUAAUAUCAGCUAUGAGUCCGGAGUUUCCAAAACUUCUACAAAUAUCUACAGCAGAAUAUCUCCAUUCCCUAGGAUUUUCAAAAGAGAUCAUCAAUGAGCUAGUCGAAGCUACUUUAGUCGUAAAUUAUGGACAGAACACAAAUGUUCACAGCUUUGUGGGUUGCGUAUCUGUUGCUGGUGCAGGAGCUGAUCUUUGGUCUGUUAAGGGAGGAAAUAAAGAAAUACCUACACAUCUUAUAUACAGAAAUAGUAAAGUAAACUUAGUGCCUUCACAAGUUAGGGAAAUUCGGUACUUCUUAAAUAAUGAUUCCCUACCUCAGUAUGAAAUUUCAUACAAUAACGCAGGUAGCAAUAAUGUGAUGAAAAAUAUUUACGAUAUAGUCGUUAUAGCAACACCGCUGACUGAGGAUCAAAAAUACCAAAUUAAAUUUACGGGUUUUCAAAAAAUUGAAAGCCUCCAAUUCCCAGGAAAUUAUCAAACAACGGUGGCCACAUUUAUUCAGGGAGAUUUAAUACCAAGCCACUUCGGUUUAGAUGAUCCAAUAGAUGCAAUAUUAAGUUGCGAUCCAAACAAAACUGAAUUGAAUUCUAUUGGUAAAUUAUUCCCAGUGAAUGGAUCAGUUGGAAAGGACUCUAGAGUUUGGAAAGUUUUCAGUAAACACCGUCUGACCUCGCGUCAGAUUAGUUCCAUGUUUUCAAACGUCGGUCAACUGCGAGAAAUACCGUGGAAAGCAUAUCCGAAAUAUUCAACAUCUCCACGAUUGGAUAAUUUUCAACUUCAUGAUUCGCUCUACCACGUUAACGCCAUAGAGUGGGCUGCCAGUGCAAUGGAGAUGAGUGCCAUAGGUGGCAGAAAUGUGGCAUUGUUAAUCCAUAAAAAAUUAACGUUCUGCUGCCGAGAAUCAUCUGAAAUCGACAAGCAAAAGUGUAAAUACUCGUGUGAAGAGAAGACAGUCCGGCGAAAUACACAAAAAUCAGACUUGUAAUAAGCAUUGCCUAAUCAGAUUUUUGUUUGGAGAUAUAAAGAUGUAAUGAUUAUUGUUAUUAGUAUUUUUAAUAGUCAUUAAAGACUUUUAUUUUAUAUUAUUAAACCGUCAAAGAAGUUUAUUUCAUCUUACCUGCUCAUUCCUGAUGAUAAUAAGACAGAAUUGAUUUAAAACUUUUUCAAUAUGAUGCGUUUAAACACGUUUUAUUUCUCACUGAAUAUUCCUCGAUGUGAGUACAAAUAAAUUAUACUAUAGCGCAUAUAGCUAAUUGCUAUACAUGUAGCACGCCGUAUUUGGCACUAUAUGUUGCAAUUGAUUGUUAAUAACCGUAACCGAUGUUCAUCACUAUGAAAAGCCGAGUUUUUAAGCGCGACUAAGGAUGGCCAUAUUGUGUCAAGAGUAAGGCACAUUUCAAGUCUAGUUACGCUAAACUAAAUGACAUUUUUUUUACAGAUAUUCAGAAGUACGAUAUUAUGAGAAAGUCUUGAGUGCAGGUGUUGUCUCUUUUCAAGUACAACUAAAACUUAACAAUAUAAACUACUACAUGAUUUUUAAUCUACAGCUUACACACAAAUUACAUCUACUCUCAAGUUUAAGCAUCAGAUGUUCGCCCAUUAUUCAUGAACCCUUAAUUAGUUCAUUCAAAUUUAUUCAUUAAAAUUUGAAAUAUUUACAAAUAAUUUUAUAAUUUAUAUGUGUACGAUAGGUGAAAACAAAUUAAAUUCAAUACUCUCGAUCUUAUAUUUAAAAAUGUUAAGAUGCGUGUGAAAAUUUAGAAUAUCAAUAAUACAGCUAUUUCAAGCCGUUGAAAUAUAUAUGUAUAGUUGUUUUCAAUUAAGUACAAAACAGUUUUUAGUACUUUUUAUCUUUCUAAGUCCUACGAUACGAAGCACGGUAGAUACAUUUCGGUUAUUCUUAUUUUGUACCAGAAAAAACGAUCAGUGACUUCACGUAAUUCUGUGUGAAAUCACCCAACCAAACCCCUGCCACAUUAAAUGAUAAGUAAAUAAAAUUAAUAUUGGCAUUGUUGCAUCUAGCAGCAACAUAGGAAUCAGGCUCUCGAAAACAAACCGUGUAAUAUGUAAAUAAUGUACAUAUAUAACCAUUGAUUUACCUGAUUUAUCGAAGAUUGAACGUAUUAAGACUUCAUUUGAACAAGUCUUCUCCUUUUCAUGCUUGAAGCACAGAGCCAGAAUGCCUGAUGUUAGAAAUUAAAUUGCUAAUAUGUACAAGGAAAAUAUAACACGAACAAUAUUUUAUGAUUAUGUGUAACUGGCACUACAAUGACUACAUUGAUUAAUUUUCAAUGUAACUCAGUUCCCACUAUUCAUUCAAGUCUUUCAAAACUUUGGCUUUCUGGGUGACAUUCAAGAGUUAUAAAAAUAAAGUGUUUCUUCAUUUCAACUAGAACUUGGCAUUUAACUGAUUCCUUCUAACACCUUGUUUGUCAAACAUAUUACCCAUUUACGUUACGCAUAAUCGCUAAGAUAUUGUUCCUACAGAAUCGAAAACAUACUGA